AUGACGAAACUUCAUUGUAACCGUUGUAAAAAGCAAGUUUAUCCAACUGAUAAAGUCGGACCAUUGAAAGAUUCAACAUUCUUUCAUCAAGGAUGCUUCAAAUGCUACAUUUGUGGAACAAGAUUGGCUCUGAAAACAUAUUGUAAUAAUCGUAAUGACAUUAAUGAUAAAGAAGUUUAUUGCGCCAAUCAUGUGCCAAUUGCCGGACCUCAUGAUCUUGUCCCAUUAAAAGCUGAAACUGGAUCACCGGAUAGUUCUCAACACAAUCGCUCGAUGAAUUAUCGAAGAGAUGCUGGGUUGGCAGACAUGAAGAUUGCUCACGCUAUCAAAGCUACGCAAGUUGCUAAGCCGUAUCCCAAAAUUGAACACAAGGGAGCCAUGUAUAUGAUCGAUUAUGAUGCUCAGACACGCUUGGAACUGUUGCAUAGAAGCGAUGAAGACCGCUUGUACGAAGAGUUCCAUGACCAGCGGACCAAAGAAUCUGCUCAGUUCGAGCAUGAAACAAAGGAAGAGUGGGAGCAGGCUUUAGCUGAAUUCGCUCGAAAGUUCGAGAAAGGUCAAGCCAACUCCAAGAAUAAAGAUGAUUUAAUCCGACAGCUUACAAUCAAAAGAGAGAAAAAGCUUGAAACCUUACAUUCCAAGAGACGCGAGAGGGAACGUCAUAAAACAGCAGAGCUCGUUGAUAAGCAAGCUAAGGAAAUGUUAGAUUUAUUCAAAACACAAAGAUCUGAAUACAGUCAGAAUGAUUAUCCCACAACACCGCCACCCCCUUUCCCUCCAAGCUGUAGUAAAAGAGAUAUAUAUACUUCUACAGAAUUCUUUUCGUCGAUCGACGAAAUAGCUAUGUAUUGUGCCCGUAGUGAAGUUACUUCGUUCACUGACCUAAUCAGGGCUCUCACUCAAGGAGCUCGCAGUGACGUCGAUAUAGCUCGAGCCAUUUAUCGAUGGAUAACUAUCAAAAACUUGAACACUAUGAUUUUCGAUGAUAGUGUUCAAAAUGACACCCCCAUGGGUCUACUUCGAGGAAUCAAAUAUGGCACUGAAAGCUAUCACGUCCUAUUUAAACGUUUAUGCAGUUAUGCAGGCCUUCAUUGUGUAGUCAUCAAAGGCUUCUCCAAAUCAGCUGGUUACCAGCCCGGAUAUUCAUUCGAUGACCAUAGAUUCAGGAACACGUGGAAUGCAGUUUAUUUGGAUGGUUCAUGGCGAUUUGUUCAGUGUAACUGGGGAGCCAGACAUUUAGUAAACGCUAAAGACACCUCUCUUGACAAUCGCAAUGAUGGAAACCUUCGAUAUGAAUAUGAUGACCAUUAUUUCAUGACAGAUCCUGAAGAGUUCAUUUACGAGUUUUUCCCACAAGAAAAUCAGUGGCAAUUGUUGCCGCGACCUAUCACUCUUGAUGAGUUUGAACGAAUUCCAUUCGUGAGAAGUCUUUUCUUCAAAUACGGACUGUCAUUCGUAGAUCCACAAUUAGAAAGUACAGUAUAUACUGAUAGAACAGGUGCUGCCUCUGUCGGAAUAAGACUUCCAUACAAAGGCGGAGAUUCAUUAAUAUUCCAUUAUAAUUUGAAAAUGUUUGAUUCGGAUGAUACUACCAUCAAUGGUUUAUCUCUCAAACGAUUCGUUAUGCAGUCAGUUAGCGAUGGAGUUGUCACUUUCCGAGUUCAUGCACCAUCAACGCGUCCGCUUUUGUUAGAUAUUUUUGCGAAUAGUGUUUCUUCAGGACAUUACUUAACAGGGCAACCAAUAAAAUUCAAGAGUGUUUGCAAAUUUAAGAUAAUUUGCGAAUCAUUACAAGUCAUCAUGGUUCCAUUGCCAGAAUGUGCUUCAGGCGAAUGGGGACCAGCGAAAGCUGAGCGUCUUUUCGGACUUCUUCCAAUAACUCACACAGAUGCCAUUAUAAAUGCCGGACGAUACACAGAAAUACGAUUCAGGAUGACUCGGCCAUUAACAGAGUUCGUCGCCGCUCUUCAUCGAAAUCGAACAGAGGACAGAUCUCUUCAGAAUUGUACAAAAUCUGUAAUUAAAGGAGAUCAGGUAUCAAUCUACAUUGAUUUUCCGGAAGAUGGCCAAUAUGGUUUGGAUAUUUAUACAAGACAAAACGACCAGCUUAUCAAUGGAAAACAGCUUCUAACUCACUGUUGUAAAUAUCUCAUUCAUUCAAGAAACUGCUAA